AUGCGUGUUUGUAUUUUGUUGAUUCUGCCCCUCCUGGGGCUUGCGCUGGCCGCGAGCUCGGGCGAUACGUCGUUCCGCACCGCCGACAGCUCAUCGUCGGAUCGAGAUUCGCGCAUCAACCGCGCCCGCUUUCUGCCCACCGCCGAAAAUCCGCAGCCAUUCUCAUUCCGUGCUGCCAGCACCCAACCUCCUUCCGCUCCCGGUGGUGGAGCUUCCACCUCCGGUGUCGCAGGAGCUUCCACUGGUGGACCAUCUGACCUUCGCCCCAAGUCGGGACAGUGGAGUGAUAGUGGUCGACGCGAUGCGGAGCUGCUGCGUUCGUCGUCGGGCAGCGCACGGGCUACGACUCGUCGACCGGGACGCUUCAACGAGGGCAGUGUCGGGUGGAACCCCCCACCGCCUGUAGCGGAGGCGGAGUUGGCUUCGCGUCCAUCGCUGGUCGAAGAUCCCCCCAAGGCGAUGCCCAAGCGACCGGAUAGCCCGACUCGUAUGGCGCUCGAAGAUGUCGCCUCUCGUCUGCACCGUAUCUCCACCCGACCUCCAGUCAAGUCUUCGGGACGAAGGGUUGACUUUGUCGAUAGUCCGGGGUCGUCGAUGCGAUCGCACGCCUCCAUCGUGACGCCCUCGGAUGCAAGUGCCCCGUUGGUGAGCUCGCAAAAGACCUCGGCGGCUGCAUCGAAAGACACCUCCCCCCGUCUCGGCUCCUUCCGCUGGCUCAAGAACAUCAAGACCCGACUGGUGGAUUCCGACUCCUCUCGAGGCACAAGCACUGUUGCAACGACGCCUCCCGGGUCUGCCAGGGCCCAAGCUCCUCCGACGGUGCCGUUUCGACCGUGGGAUGCCAAAGCCGCGUUGAGGAAGAUCAAGAUCAAGGAGCUGAAUGGGAUGCAGGAUCGGUGGCCGAAACAGUGGAGUCACUGGAACCGCGCACGCGCCGAGCUGGACAAACUCGACUACUUUCACCAGUGGGACGAUGCAAUGGCUUGGUCUUCGCGCAACCGUGUCGACAACACCCGUGCCGCCCGCGUGCCCACUGUCAACGGCGGCGUCACGGGGAGCAACAUCCCCACCGGCCCCGGAUUCCUCCACAACCCAAACGACCCAGCCCCCCUCCUCGAGGAGGAAUUCACACCUCAACAUCGAAGCAUCAAAGCCUUCCGUGAGCUUGCCGCCAACGUACCCCCCGCUCUGACUUCGCACUCAACCGCAGUAUUCGAUGCACACGAGCAGGGCGAAUACGCCAAAAUCGGCCGUGGCUUCCGAAAGGUCCUCCACCCCGUUCAGUACGUCGGCCAAAUGCUAGGCAACAAGGAAAGCACCAUUGCAUUCGAAAACAGCCUCGCCGAAAAAGUGCAUGCCAACCUCGCUCACACACCCCCAGAGGCUCUAGCCAGACUCCAGCGAAAGGGCAAAAAGACGGUCCAGCAAAUGCUAGGCACAGACUACGCAACCUACGACGACUUUUGGUAUCCCCACUUCCACACCAAACCCGCCUUCAAGAUCCCCAACCCCCUCGACGUACCCCUCGACCACUUUGACGUCUUCAAACCCUUCUCCGAAGCCGUCGCCCUCCGCCGACCCUAA